GAGCGGUUCCAGGUGAAAAGCCCCCCCCACGCCUACAUCCAAAAGCUGCAGAGCUUCCUGGAUCCUGGUGUCACACGGAAGAAGUUCAGGCGGAGGGUGCAGGAGUCGACCAAGGUGCUGCGCGAGCUGGAGAUCAGCCUGCGGACGAACCACAUCGGUGUGUGCCCCUCUCUGCGUGCCCUCUGCACCCUGGUCUGCAAGGAGAAGCACCGCUUCGAGCGCCUCAUGGACUACUUCCGCAAUGAGGACAGCAGCAUCGACUUCAUGGUCGCCUGCAUGCAGUUCAUCAACAUCGUGGUGCACUCGGUGGAGGACAUGAACUUCCGCGUGCACCUGCAGUACGAGUUCACCAAGCUGGGGCUGGAGGAGUUCCUGCAGAAGUCGCGGCACACGGAGAGCGAGAAGCUGCAGGUGCAGAUCCAGGCCUACCUGGACAAUGUCUUCGACGUCGGGGGGCUGCUGGAGGACGCCGAGACCAAGAACGUGGCCUUGGAGAAGGUGGAGGAGCUGGAGGAGCAUCUGUCCCACGUAUGUGCGCGGGGCAGGGAUGAGCCCAGCGCGGGGCCAUGGCUGCCCACAGCCCCUCUCACUGUCCUGUCUCGCCCCACAGGGAAGUGCCCCCCAGCGCCACCGCUGCCCGGGGCUGCGCCCUCCAUCGCCCUCACCGUGGGGCUCUCCGCCAUCCGCAUCAAGAAGCCCAUCAAGACCAAGUUCCGCCUGCCCGUCUUCAACUGGACGGCGCUGAAGCCCAACCAGAUCAGUGGGACGGUGUUCAGCGAGCUGGACGACGAGCGGGUGCUGGAGGACCUGGACCUGGAGCGCUUCGAGGAGCUCUUCAAGACCAAGGCGCAGGGGCCGGCGCUCGACCUCGUGUGCGCCAAGAACAAGGCGUCGCACAAGGCGGCCAGCAAGGUGACGCUGCUGGAGGCCAACCGGGCCAAGAACUUGGCCAUCACCCUGCGCAAGGCCGGCCGCAGUGCCGAGGAGAUCUGCAGGGCCAUCCACACGUUCGACCUGGCCACGCUGCCGGUGGAUUUCGUGGAGUGCCUGAUGCGCUUCGUGCCCACGGAGGCGGAGCCGGCCGCAGUGUCCCUGGAGAACGUGCUGCUGGACGUGAAGGAGCUGGGCCGCGGCAUGGAGCUGCUGCGGCGCGAGUGCGCGCUGCACGAGCACGGCGUGCUGCGCACCUUCCUGGCCGCGAGCGAGGGCAAGCUGGAGCGGCUGCAGAAGGACGCGCGCACGGCCGAGGACGCCUACAACACAGUGGUGCGGUAUUUCGGCGAGAGCCCCAAGACAACCCCCCCGUCCGUGUUCUUCCCCGUCUUCGUCCGCUUCAUCCGCUCCUAUAAGGACGCGGAGCAGGAGAACGAGACGCGGAAGAAGCAGGAGGAGGUGAUGCGGGAGAAGAUGCUGGCACAGGAGGCUAAGAAGAUGGAGAAGCGCAACAAGUGGCAGCAGCAGGAGCUGAUC